UUUCCCUCCCCCUUCGUUUUCCAGUGUAGUGCGUUGAUUUCAUACCAAAGUCAUACUUAACAUUCCACUUAUACUGUCAAACCUCUGAGAAAUAUUAAGGAAAACAACAGCGCGCCAAAAUAUAACAAAGUUACUGAAUUGAUCAGUUUCCCCCACUGAGGAGAAUAAGCUGACUGCAAGAAUAAAAAGUUCAUACCUGGAUCCAACUCUUCCAGCCUUGCUCCUCAAGAAGAAUCCAACAGUUUUACAGACAAGCACGGAGAGAGACGAUUUGGACGAAAACGUUUUAGAGGAAUACACAACAUCAGCGUGAUUUGGACCUCUGCAUCACUAAGAUCACCUACAGAUCCUUUGAUACCGGGGCUCAGGGUUGGGCCCAGGUGGAGCCGCCACAAUUGCGUCCAACGAGUGGAGUGCCAACGGUAGCCCAGAAGAUGGGCUGGACGGGGACAAUGAAGACAAGACCAUGGACGGGGAUGCCGAGGGUGUGUGGUCCCCAGACAUUGAGCAGAGCUUCCAGGAGGCCCUCGCCAUCUACCCUCCCUGUGGAAGGAGGAAAAUCAUCUUGUCAGAUGAGGGAAAGAUGUAUGGUCGCAAUGAAUUAAUAGCGAGGUACAUCAAGCUGAGAACAGGCAAAACCCGGACAAGAAAACAGGUGUCUAGUCACAUACAGGUGUUAGCACGGAAGAAGGUUCGUGAAUACCAGGCGGGUAUAAAGGUUUCUAGCCACUUGCAGGUUCUCGCCCGGAGAAAAUCUCGCGAGAUCCAGUCAAAGCUAAAGGCGAUGAAUUUGGAUCAGGCAUCUAAGGACAAAGCCCUGCAGAACAUGGCAGCGCUGUCAUCUGCACAGAUUGUCUCUCCGAGUAUAAUAAAUAAACAUCUUCCACCACUGCCUCCGGCCCCGUAUCCACCAGCCAGAUUCUGGCCUGCUCAAAUCCCAGGACAGCCUGGACCUUCUCAGGAGCUGCUUCUAGAUUUCAACCCGGGAAGGACUCCUGGGCUUGGCCGCACCAGCCAUGCUAUCAAACCAUUUGCACAGCCCCCAUACUCGAGCCUACCAGGUUCUGUAAACCAACCCAUACCAAAUUAUGAGCCCUUGGCGCCACCUCCUGCACCAGCCGCUACUGCAGUGCCAGUCUGGCAGGAUCGGACCAUUGCCUCCUCUAAGCUGAGGCUGCUGGAGUACUCAGCCUUCAUGGAGGUCCAGAGGGACCCAGACAAUUACAGCAAACACCUGUUUGUCCACAUCGGACAAACCAAUCCCUCCUACAGCGAUCCGCUCCUUGAGGCUGUGGACAUUCGGCAGAUCUACGACAAGUUCCCUGAGAAGAAGGGUGGGCUCAAAGAGCUUUAUGAGAAAGGGCCCCAAAAUGCUUUCUUCCUUGUAAAGUUCUGGGCUGAUCUGAACAGCAGCGGUAUGCCAGACGGUCCAGGUUCAUUCUAUGGUGUCAGCAGUCAAUACAGUAGCAUUGAGAACAUGACGAUCACCGUUUCAACCAAAGUCUGCUCAUUUGGCAAGCAAGUUGUCGAAAAAGUAGAGACAGAGUAUGCCCGCCUAGAGGGAGGAAAGUGUGUUUACAGGAUCCACCGCUCUCCUAUGUGCGAGUACAUGAUCAACUUUAUCCACAAACUGAAACACUUACCUGAAAAAUACAUGAUGAACAGUGUUCUUGAAAACUUCACUAUCCUACAGGUGGUGACGAAUCGCGACACACAGGAAACCUUGCUCUGUAUAGCAUUUGUUUUUGAGGUUUCCACGAGUGAACACGGGGCUCAGUAUCACGUCUACAGACUUGUUAAAGACUAACAGCUCUUCAGGGAGGUUUUGGAAAAGCCACACAAUAAAGUGUGGCACAGUCUCUCUUUAACCAGCUCAACGAUCCAGGAGAAAUUAUGAAAACAUUCAAAGCAAUGCUAGACCGAACUAACAUGGACACAUUACAUGCUUUAAAAAAGUAUCCAAGGAAAAAAAAAAAGAGAGAGCGAAUCUCAACAUGCCAGCACGCAAAGAAAUUUUGAAGAAUUGCAGACAAGUUAUUUUCCAUGUGUUUAAACAUGAUUUAGAUGAAGUGGGUCACUUUUGCAAAAAUCGACGGAGCCUGAAAUGUUUUAUCGAGGGGAUGAGAACGUGUUUAGGGUUGAAAAGACUCUUAAAGUAUCCAAGGGAACACACUCUGAGCAACAAGAGAAGUGUAAAUAGCAUUGAAAAACUAGAGAGAAAAUUACCAUGGAAGUGGGGUCAAGUUGUGUUUAGGUGUUUAGGAAACAAAGUGCCUUUUUCUCCAAAGAUUAUGAUUGCCUGCCACUUCGGAUUGCCUUAUUUUUACUACCUCUUGUUUUUAAAUGAAAAGAAAAUAUUCAUACAGGUAUUUUGAAAAAAAAUGUGGAAAGAAACCUCAGAUCAACAUCUUUUGGGGCAGUUCUUGUAUUCAGGCACGCAGAGGAGUGGGAUAACUAAUUCUGAUGAGGUCUAUUUUACAAAAAAACAAAAACAACAUCCCAGGUUUUACAGUCCAAGUGUACAGGGAGAAGGUUAAUUGUGUCGCCAUGUUAUUAAGGUUCUUUUUUUUAUACAUAUAUUAUUACACAAUUUUUAAAAAAAAAAAAUCAGGUCUUACAAGCAUCUAUCUAUAACUGAUUUUGACACUAGGGAUGUCUUGAACCUUUGCUUUCCUGACAUAAACCCAGGGCUUUGCCUUACUUAUGAGAUGCCCUGUUAUUUCUCUCUGUUUGAAGACGUGUGCUCAGAUGCACUUAAAAGAUUAAGAAGUGCAGCAACACAGUGCUUAUUUUCUGCCUUGAGGUAUGUAGCGUUACUGAAUAAAAUGAAUUGUUUCUGUACUGUGAGUAAGUGGAUACUAAAGGAAUAUGUGUUACAUAGGAGUGUUUGGGGGUGGGGGGGUCUUCAUAUUUGUGAUCAGCUAAACUCAGCACAGAGACCAUGGUUAAAGCAGAGAGAAGUUAACCACUGUUUCUUUUGUUUAAAAAAGAGACUGUAUGCUGUGAAGUUGGUACAUUGGCUUCACUCCUCUCUGUAAUGUGUGGAGAAGCUGCAUUCAUUAAUUAAAAUACUUUUUGAUAUUUAAGACAUUUUUUACUGACAUUACAUAUGAAAUAAUUGUUACAUCAAUCUGAAUAACUGUCUUGAAAGAGAGCUAUUGUCUCUGUGCUGUGGAGUAUGACCAUUGAUUGUUAUUUAUAGGGCUGAACAAGAAAUAGCAGGAGGGAAGGGUGGGGUAUUGGUGAUGAUUUUCCACCAUGAUGGAGAUGUUAAAAGUAUUGUAGGACUUAUAUUAGAGAUAGAAUUUACUGCCAACUCAUGGGUCCUGCUAGAUGAGUGUCUACUCUGUGAGGUUCACUGGACAAGUUCAAAUUUAAAAUAUUGUAUGGUGGCAUACUUGCACCUGGCUUUGAAUGUCAUAUUUCACAAGCUAGAUACAAUAACACUCCUCCUCUAGUAGGUAUCUCAGUCUAUCUUUUAUACAGACAUUUUUGCCAUUAUAAAGAUUAAUAUUUUGUUUUGAUUCAGUUGUCUUGACUUUCAGUGUUUGCCAUAUGCUUCACUGAAAAAAAAAUGUGUGAUUGUGCUGAUAUUGAUAAUUAAUAAUGAGAUAUCUAAUGUAUCAUAUUCUGAAUGGUGUGGGCAGUUUUCUUCUUUGUUUUUUGGUUUAAGAUGGUUUACUAUUGUCUUUGUUACCAAUGUGCAUUGCAAUUUUAUACUUUGAGUAGAAGUUGGACUAUGUAAUCAACAAAUGUAUCUAACAAUACAUGACGCAUGGUGCCUUUGGGGCCAUCCCCCUCCCCCCCAGAAAAGUCAUUAAACCUGUUUGUAAAUUUG